AUGUCCUUCCAUCUGCUGAUUGUUGAACUUGAAAAUGAAUUUGAGGCUGGUAUCUCCAAGAAUCGGCAGACCCUUGAGCAUGCCCUUCUGGCUUACACCCUGGGUGUUAAACAGCUAAUUGUUGGUGUCAACAAAAUGGAUUCCACCGAGCCACCUUACAGCCAGAAGAGAUAUGAGGAAAUUGUGAAGGAAGUCAGCAUCUACAUUAAGAUUGGCUACAACCCUGACACAGUAGCAUUUGUGCCAAUUUCUGGUUGGAAUGGUGACAACAUGCUGGAGCCUAGUGCUAAUAUGCCUUGGUUCAAGGGAUGGAAAGUCACCCGUAAAGAUGGCAGUGCCAGUGGUACCACACUGCUGGAAGCUUUGGAUUGUAUCCUGCCACCAACUCGUCCCACUGACAAGCCACUGCGACUGCCCCUCCAGGAUGUCUAUAAAAUUGGUGGUAUUGGGACUGUUCCUGUGGGCCGAGUAGAGACUGGUGUUUUAAAACCUGGAAUGGUGGUUACCUUUGCUCCAGUUAAUGUUACAACAGAAGUAAAGUCUGUUGAAAUGCACCAUGAAGCUUUGAGUGAAGCUCUUCCUGGAGACAAUGUGGGCUCCAAUGUAAAGAACGUGUCUGUCAAAGAUGUCAGACGUGGCAACGUUGCUGGUGACAGCAAAAAUGACCCACCAAUGGAAGCAGCUGGCUUCAUUGCUCAGGUGAUUAUCCUGAGCCAUCCAGGCCAAAUUAGUGCUGGCUAUGCUCCUGUACUGGAUUGUCACACAGCUCACAUAGCAUGCAAGUUUGCUGAGCUUAAGGAGAAGAUUGAUCGCCGUUCUGGUAAGAAGCUGGAAGAUGGCCCUAAAUUCUUGAAAUCUGGUGAUGCAGCCAUCGUUGAUAUGGUUCCUGGCAAGCCCAUGUGUGUUGAGAGCUUCUCUGACUAUCCUCCACUGGGUCGUUUUGCUGUUCGUGACAUGAGGCAGACAGUUGAUGUGGGUGUCAUCAAAGCUGUGGACAAGAAGGCUGCUGGAGCUGGCAAAGUCACAAAGUCGGCCCAGAAAGCUCAGAAGGCUAAAUGAAUAUUACCCCUAACACCUGCCACCCCAGUCUUAAUCAGUGGUGGAAGAAUGGUCUCAGAACUGUUAGUCUCAAUUGGCCAUUUAAGUUUAAUAAAGAAAGACUGGUUAAUGAUAACAAUGCAUCAGAAAACCUUCAGGAGGAAGGGGGAAUGUUUUGUGGAACAUUUUUGUGUGUGUGGCAGUUUUAAGUUAUUAGUUUUCAAAAUCAGUACUUUUUAAUGGAAACAACUUGAC